ACCGGCUUCCAUAAACAAGGGGCAUGAUUCUUGGCUUCUUCAUCUAUAAAUCCUCUUCCAUAGCAUUUGCCAAACACUCCCUCAAUCUACUUUCUUGCUCGCUGCAUUUUCUUAGCAAAGCAACAAAAUGACAUUUUUUUUAAAAAAAAUCAUAGAUUGAUCGUGCGGGCAUGGGUGUGGAUUCCUGGUGCCUGGAAGAGCUCGCCAUGGACGCGAGCUUCCCUUCGCUUUGGGGCUUCCACGAAAGCAUGGAGGAAUUGAAGCAGAAGCUCCUGUGCACCACUCUGGAGCUGGAGGCUCUGAAAGCCAACGCCGAGGAGGAGGUGAGGAGGGGCGAGCAGAGCAUUGGGCAAUUGCUGAUACUACUCCAAAUGGUGACCCGGGAGAGAGACGAAGCAAGGGGUCAUCUCAAGCUCCUGCUCUCCGAGCUCUCACAGAUGGCCAAAGCGAGAGAGCUCUGCCGCUCCCCGAUGCCCGAAAGCAUCACCCCCGAUCUGUGUGACUCCUCCGCGGGCGGAUCGUCGGAGUUCUCCAGCACUAAGCUCGCCACGAACACGGCCAGUGUCGACUACGACAGGGCGAGUGCGACGGUGAAUAGGCUGGCCGUGGAAAGGUCACUGCCGCAGAAAGGGAAGCUUUUGCAGGCUGUUCUGGAAGCAGGGCCGACGCUGCAAACGCUGCUGCUCGCAGGGCCACUGCCUCAGUGGAGGAAUCCGCCGCCGUGGCGGCAGCCGUUUCAGAUUCCUCCGGUGGCUGUCAAAGCACAAACUCCGGCGGUGGUGAAUUCGGCGACGAAGAGACCGAUGCCCAUGGUGGUGGCGCCGUCGAGCUUGAUCCCCAAGAGACAGAGGAGUCAGUGCAUAUGAUGUGCAGUACGAUCGCCAUGUCUACGUUGUAACUGGAAGACGUUCUUGUUCUCCUUUUCAUUUCUUUUCCUUUUUUUUCUUCCUCUCCUCUCCGUGAGGGUUGAUAAUGUUUACUGAGAAGUUGAUUUAUUAGUGAAAUCCUUCCUUAAGCAAA